AUGAUUGAUAGAAAGUACUGCACCAUGCUGCGGCUACAGGGUGACACAACAAGCGAUCACGCAUCUCAGAUCGCGACAAUACAAACCGCCAUAAUCAGCCAAGAACAGGCAAGGACAGAGCAGGAGGCACGUCUCAGGACCUUCGAGGCGGACCUGGCUACACACGAGGAUGAGUGCCUCGUUUCAUGGCGCGCACUCUAUAUUGUAGCUCAGCAAUACGUCAACUCCUGCCUCGACGCUAAUUUCGAGCCAGACUGGGCUCUCAAACCUCGAGGAUGUUACUGUUUGAGUGCGUGCCUCGAUCUCAACGUUCUCAAGGAGUCCGGCGAGAAAGAAUUGCAACGCCACCGACAUCGGCUUAACGUGAACAAAACCGAUCAGUGGCGUGUUAAGGGGUCAACCUCAUCUGCCAUUAGUUCUUGCCCAUCGCGCCUGGAGCAAGGUCUGCUCGCAGCUCGCCUUGAGACACUGCUCACGGAGCAGGUGCAACUUGAAGCCGAAAUCGCCCGACUCUCUUCGAUCCAGAAGUAUCGAUGUGAGCAUCAGCAGGAACUGAAGACCUUCCUCAUUGAUAACUUUUUCCAGCCACUGCUCACUGGCUAUGACGAGGCCGAAAGACCCGCUGAUGCCCCAGCCUCCGACUCACCAGAUCUCGCCCAACGCCAGGCGAUACCACAUCUGACUGGAGACGAACAACAAGCUAUCGACCAACUUACACGCCGAGAUGACAUGGACAGAGUGUACCAUUCUACGCUGGAAGGGUUGAAAAGCGUACAACGACAGCUGGCGAACGCCAUGCUAGCGCAUAGCAGCACUAUGCAGCGACACUUUCUCACCUUCACGAACUCGAGCGUAGAACGCUUCGAGCAAUACGGGGACUACUCGAUGCGAGAUAUGAAACUGGCAAUUGCUAAGGCAGAGCUUCUUCUUCAAGCUCUGAGUCAAAGAUACCAAGAGCUGGGACUAUCAACACCGGUAGUGCAAAGCCCCACUCGACAAUCCGACGAACAGGCCCAGAUCACUGGCGGUGGUAUUGCUGCCUCCGAAUCAUCAGCUGUACGAACACCCGUGAUCAGAUCACAGGGCAGUCCCUUUCAACGCGAUAGAAUGAACCGAUGGAGAUUGAGCACCAAGCAAGGGACACCAGACCCCAUGAGUCCAACGAAGUCCGCUUGA